AUGGCUGCAUCUUCAACUUAUAUAGUAUCAUCGAUUGCCACUAUUAUUACGUUUUCACGUUUUAAAUUAUUAGUUGAUAUUGAUGGUCGUAGCUUAGGAACAUUGUUAUCAAUUAUACUAAAAGAACAUCAACAUUUAUUCGGUAUUGGAUUUGAUUUAGAUCAUGUUACUGAAAAUGCGACAAUGACGAAACCUAAUAAACUCAAAGAGAAACAAAUUAAAAAAACUCGUUAUCAAUUUAUUCCGGAUAUGUUUAAACCAAAAACAAUACCAAAAGCUGAUGCAUAUAUGAUGAAAUCUAUUAUUCAUGAUUGGAAUGAUGAGAAAUCAAUUCGCCUUACAAAUAAAAACUAUGAAUCGAAGACCAUAACUGGUAGUCAAAACGAUGGUAUUAUCGAAUGA